AUGGCGGCCUCCAUGAGGGCAAUCACGUUCUGCCGAUCUACUGCAAAAGUGCCACUGAGUUCAUGUUUUCUGAGAUGUCUCUUUGUGCAAAGCUGCCAAACACAAGAAGCAACGGCUGCUCAACCGUCUCGGAAAGAAAUUCAGAUUCCAAAGAGGAAGAAAAGAGAUCCAACGGCUGUUCUUCAAGCACUGAGCAGAACUGUGAAAAGAGAUUCUACGGCUGCUCCAUACAUAUAUCAUGAUGAUCCAUAUCUUUUGCCCAAAAAUGCUGGAGAAAAGCGACGAUAUGCUCUGGCGUCAGAAUCAGGCAAGCAAGCUGCUCAAUACGUCAUCAACAAGUGGCCUCAGAACUUCAUGGCUUUACAGCACGAUGAGCCCAAAGUGGAGGCAUUCUACCCUCUUCAAAACCAGUAUUUGUUUAAUGAGCCGAGUGAAGAAGCCAUUUUGGAAAGAGUGGAGGCUGCAGACAUGAAGGCGGCUCUGGAGAUGUUCUAUAACACACUUGAAGCAGGAAGUGAAGUAUCCAUGGAAACCAGCAAUGCAUUAUUGGAUCUCCUGUGUUUCCAUGGUUACAAUGCCGAACCUGAGAAAGUCACAGAAUCAGAAGAAACACCUGAAAAUGAGGUCAUUGAGGAGGAGAAGCCAGAAAGUGCACCAAUACCUGACCAAUCAGACAGCAAAGGUAAAAGACCGUGGUCCAAACGGGCAGGCAGAGAACCAAAAUGGAAAGAGAACAACGACACCGAGAAGUAUUUCAAUGCCAUGCCUGAUAGGAACUCACACAGCUAUUGCUCCAUGGUCAGAGGAAUGAUAAAGCAUGGGGCAGCCAGUAGUGCCUUUGUCCUGUACAAUGAGAUGCAAGAGAGAGGAGUCCAGGCUGACGUUCACUCUUACAACGCUCUCAUCAAGGGUGCUGUGUACAUCAGAGAUGAUUACCAAGAGAGAUGGACCGUCAUUUUACAAUUGAUGCAACAGAUGCAGCUUGAGGGGAUUUCUCCGAACCUUCAAACCUUCAACUCCCUGUUAGACUCUCUCAGGAUUAUGGGAGUCAUCGGACGUAGAAAAGCUUUACAAACUCUCAGCGAGAUGAAAGCAGUUGGAGUGGAACCGAGUCUUGGAACCUACAACCUUCUGCUAGUGAUAUUUUAUAAGGACUCUCUACCACCGAGUGAUAUGUUGUAUGACAUCAUGGAUACCAUAGAAGGGAUGAGUUUCUCGCUCAAGCAUGAUCAAGAUGUUCACUUCUUCAAGAACGCUAUGAACGUUUGUUUGAAUCUGAAAGAUGUGGAAUUAGCGUACAGGGUGGAUCUUCUGCUGAAUACCGGUGAUAACAACAAACUGGCAGGGGAUUACUUCUCACAGAGUAUAUACUAUUCCAAGUUUUUUAAUCUGAUCUGCCUGAUGGAUAGUGUGGACGCCAUGUUUGAAUACUAUGACCAAAUAGUACCUUCGGCACUAGUUCCCAACUCCCAGAUUUAUGUUGAGAUGCUACGAUCAAUGGAGACAGCUGGGGCUUAUACAAAGGUUCACAAACUCUGGAAAGACAUUGAAUAUUUCGGGCACAAGUUCCAUCAACCUUUAAUUGAGUGUCUACUAUCAGUCAUGGCUCAAGCCAAUGACCUCACUGAGAAGGUCUCUUCCGAGUUUCUUGAAAUAGCUUUGGAGAUUCGGACUAUCGUGAAGACAUCCAAAUCAAGAAAAUAUCCCGUUCGAUGGAACUCCAGGAGUCUGACACACCUUGCUAUGGUUUGCCUCAAAUGUGGCCAGCUUCAGCAUGCAUGGGAUGUCAUGGAUCUUUUCCAACAAGAAAACCUAGUGCCGAGCAAUGUUCUUCUUGAGGACUAUGUAGAGGCAUGCGUUGUAGCAAGAGACAGCAAGAAGGCAAUCGACUGUUUACAACUGGUCUCGAACGUGAGCACCACCCUCACGCUGCAGAUUACCGACCGGAUCAAAGGUGAAUUCACACUACACCCAUUGGAAAGAAAAAGAAUUGAUGACAUCGUGUCAGAGGAUGAUGCAGCUAUAAAAGGAAGUUCUUGAUCUUGACCCUCACUUACCCCAACAAGCUGUCUACAUUGUAAAGGUAGAUUUAAUUGGAUUUGGAAUUUCAUAGUCAAUAAAUCAGCUGUCGAUUUCACAAAGAUAGUCCUAACUUACACCAACAAGUAAAAACAAACUUUACAAUUCAAUAUUCCCUUUCAAUAGUUUUAAUAUAUUUUUUUUUAAAGUUUCCUGACUAUAUUAAAGUAUACUUGUCUGCAUUGGUUGUCUUUAAAAUAAUCAAAAAUAUAAUAAUUUGUCAGAUCUACAUAGAACAAUACUUGUCAUUGACCGCCAUCUUUGAUGUAUUAACACUGGAAAAGUGCACGAGUGUCCAUGCUGCGCGUGACUCACGGGCAAUGAUAGCUCUUCACGCGAGCACAAUUCAUAAAAUAUGGCGUACGAGGAGAGUAUUGCAAUCCAUCUACUGUAUAAGUUUGGUAAUUGGAACCCACCGUUUGUGUCAAUCCUACUUGUUGUAGAUAACAAAACAUACAAAUGAACCUGUGAAACUUUCAUUUGAAAAGGUGGUGGAGAUACUGCUGAAAAUCUGGAGCGAUUUUGUCUAUGCAGGAAAAAUAAUCUUCAAUUGAAAUACACAUUUUGAAAAACAUUACUGUCAGUAACCCUUCUCAGUUUCAUAUUUGUCGGCAUAAAAACCUGAUAUAUUUUUUACAUAACAGCAGAAGUGAAAUGUUUCUCAAAGUGAUUUAUCAAAAGCUGCUUCAGGCUUCUAACCAAAAUAACCAAAAGUCAAAUGAAAUUCCUGAAGUAAAACUUAAAAAAAUAGUAAGGAAUGUUUCACCAAUUGUGU